AUGCUGUUCGGAUUGCGUCUCGCCAAUGAGGUGUACCCUCCCUGGAAACAAGAGUACAUCAGUUAUGAAAAAUUGAAGAAGCUCCUUAAGGAGUCGGUUAUUUCCGACUCUGGUGAGCAAGACUCGUCCUGGACUGAACAGGACGAGACCAAAUUCGGCACUUUCCUCGACUCGGAGCUUGAAAAGGUCUACUCUUUUGAGAGUGCCAAGUACACUGAGCUCUCUAAACGCAUUGCUGAUAUUGAAAAGACGGUUGAACAGGCUCAGAACCUCGAUGCCAAGAAAGUCGAGGCUGAACUCGAGGAGAUUCUUGAAUUGGCUUCUCAACUUGACAGAUUCAGAAGGGUCAACUUCACUGGAUUUGCCAAGAUUGUCAAGAAGCACGAUCGGUUGCAUCCCAAGUACAAGGUUAAACCCUUGUUGCAAGUACGUCUCAAUGCUCUUCCUUUCCAUUCUGAAGAUUAUUCUCCUUUGCUUUACAGACUGUCUGGUUUGUACUCUGUAUUGAGUGAAAACUACGGCACUGGUGCUUAUCCCACCUCUGCCUCUGCUGUCAUGUCUUCUUUCCACCGUGCUUCUGGUUUCAAGACCUUGAAGUUCUGGAUCCAUCCUGACAAUGUUAUGGAGGUCAAGACCAAGAUUCUCCGUCAUUUGCCCGUGUUGGUGUAUAACAGUGGUUCUGAUAACGGUGAUGAUGACGAGUCGACUGAUCCUGUUGUUACCUCGUUAUACCUUGACAACAAGAACUUUGAUAUCUAUGAUGCUCAAUUGGAAAAGAAGCGUGAUUCCAACAACGACACUGUCAUUCCCUCGCUUAGACUCAGAUGGCAUGGUCGUUUGUAUGAGAACCCCAACAUCACUUUGGAACAAAAGUACGAUGACAAGGUUGUCCGAAUCAACCUCAAGUCCAAGCAUAUUAACCAGUUCCUUGACGGCAAUGCCUCGACUCUUAUUGAGAGACAGGUUGCUAAAUUGAAGGCUCGUAACACCUCGCCUGCUCAAAUCGACGCAUACAAGUCUGCAGCUCACGAUCUGGACGCUUAUAUUCAAGACCACCAGCUCGAGCCUAUGCUUAGAACUGUUCAUACUCGUACUGCUUUUGAGAUUCCUGGUGACGAUAGAGUACGUAUUAUUCUUGAUAACGACAUUUCUUUUAUCAAGGAAGACUCUUUGAACCAAGACUCUCCUAUUCGUGAGCCUGGUUCUUGGCACAGAGCUGAUCUUGACAUUCCUGGUAUUGCUGAUCCUCUCAAGGUUCUUCGUAAAUCCGAGUAUUCCAAGUUCCCCUAUGCUGUUCUUGAAGUGCGUGUCAAGACUAAUGGCAAGACUUCUACUGGUGCUGGUUCUGCUCCUGCCUCGGGUUCUAACAAACCAUAUCCUGCCUGGAUCGAGGAGCUUAUCAAUGGCCAUUUGGUUACUGAAAUCCCUAACUUUUCUAAAUUCGUUCAGGGUGUCGCUAAUUUAUACACUGAAAACGACCAUGUCGAUGGUCUUCCAUUCUGGUUGCCUGAAUUGGAGCAUGAUAUCCGUCAAGACCCUACCGAGGUGUAUAAACGCAACAGACUUGCCAGUUCUGAUUAUCCCAAGACUCUUCCUUCUACCAAGCUUUUGAACGCUGUUCAAGCCACCAGUUCGAAUGCUUAUGAACCUGACGAGGACUCGAGCGAUGGCGGUGUUUCAUCUGGCGUUUCUUCUGCCAAGAGAGGAUCUGUCGGAUUCCCUACCUAUACACACAGUGGACCCAAGUUGGAUGUCGACUCGGAAGACGAGGAAGUUGUUCUUCCUCCUGGAGUCAAGGAACCCUCGACAUAUAUCAAGAACUCUGGUGCUGUCAAGGUUGAAACAAAGGUCUGGCUUGCCAAUGAACGUACCUUCAACCGUUGGUUGCACGUCACCACCCUUCUUUCUGCACUUACUUUCACCCUUUACUCGUCCGUCGAGCGUUCUUUCUCUGUUCAACACGCCGAACUCAUUGCCUACUUCCUGUUUGCUCUGACCAUCUUCUCUGGUAUCUGGGGCUACGGAAUCUACAUGCAGCGUCUCAAGCACAUCAGCGCCCGUAGCGAGAAGCACCUCGACAACGUCUACGGUCCACUCAUCAUCGCUUUCGGUCUGCUGGCUGCUCUCAUCAUCAACUUUGCUGCCGCUUUCAAGCACCACAGAGACAACGGUCUCCCCGUCCCCAUCCCGGCCCCCUCUAGCCCUGCCCCUGCUCCGGCUCCUACCAUCUCCCCUUAA